AUGGAGCGUGAAGGAUGGUCUUCGUAUACGCUGGACGAUAAGGGCAUCAGCAUUCGGGUAAGGUCCGGUUCUCUGUUCUCCAUGCCCAAUGUUCAUCUAGUUGACCAUGGCGUCAUAUUUAAUUCAGUCUUUAGUUGCGUCCUCUCUCUGGACGCAAAUGUCCGGCAGAAUCGCGUGAGGCUGUCGCAGGCGCCGGAGUCGUCGUCGGAGUCGUCGCUCGCCAGCUUCAUCAGCAACCUCGCGCGACCAUCCAGUUCGUACCGCACGCAGUUCCUGCCUUCGCCGCAGCAGCGCAAGAAACAGCAACCGCAGUCGCAGCAGCAAGCAGACGGCCAGAAUGACCAGGCUCAAAGCGACCAGCCGUCGGAGCAAGGGCAGAGCACCGACGGCGGGGAGCAACAGAAGUCCCAUGUUGACCAGGAGUCGAAGCAGUCGCCGUUACCACUUCCCCUCUCCCUUCCUCGCUUCUUUAACUGCCCGCAGCGGUCGUUAUCGCUCGACCCUCGCAUUCUUCGCAAGCUGCUCUUCGAGCGACACGCAGAACCAUCGCAAGACGACGCGACGGAAGGUGAUGAAUCGAGCCCCGCCAGCAAACUGCCAGAGCUUCUGGAGGAUAUGAAGCACCCGCCGGAGCCGCCGUCAAUCACGGAGGAAAAAAUCUCUAGCUCGGAAAAGAAGCCCUCCCUGCACCGCCGAUCCUCGCUCCCGUUCGUAAAGGAGGUUCGGGAAGAUGGCGAAGCUGACAACGGCGAGGCGAAGGCGAUCCGCGAGGAGGGACAGACGCGGAUUCUCCCGAUGGACAUGGAGAUGUCGCCGCGCACGCGGUGGGAGGAGCUGAGCGAGCAGCAGCUGCUGCAGGAGCUGCAGCGCCGCGAGGAGGACGCCGCGCGGCUGCGGCGGAUGCGGGAGCAACAGGAGAGGGCCGGCGCGCGGGACUCGUCUCGGGAAAGACGCCGGGACGUGUCGCCUCAACGGGACUUCCUUCCCCGCGACACCCUCACGUGGGUGCUGCUGGCGGGCGGCGCUAUCGCCGCGGCGGCGUCCGCGGUGGGCAACAAGCGGCGCAAGGCGCACCUCACGGAGUCCUGCGUCGGCUCCACCGGACCGUCGGACAGCUUCGGCAUGUCAGGCUCGGGGCAGCUGUCAGGUUCGGGACAAAUGUCAGGCUCGGGAAGCGCGGAUGAGAUUCGGAGGCUGAGAAGACGUGACGGACGGAUGGAAAGGAGCCGCGACGGAGAGUCGUCUCGAGUCGGCGGGGACGGCGCCUUGAGCGGUCACCGCGGCAGCAGCGUCACGGGGGACGGCGGCGCGCGCAGCAGCAGGCGCAGCAGCAGCCGCCACAGCCACCACCACGACCGCGGAUACGACCACAGGCACGCGCACUCGCGCGGGCACGAGGGGCACGGGGGGAGGCCCCGCGCGCGAGGGGCUGAUUGCGCGCCAGAUGACAGCGGAGAGUCGCGCGAGGCUUAUCUGGGGGAGCAGUACUCCGGGCAAGGGGGGUACCUGGGGGAGAGGCUUGCGCCUGCGGAGCGGGGGAGCUACAGCGAGAGGCGGAGACGAGGCGGAAGCAGUAGUAGGGCUUACAAAGAGGGCAGUGCGACCAGUGCUGCUGCUUACACCGCUGAUGGCUACUCUCCUUCUUCCUCCGCCGCCGCCGCCGCUGCUGCUGGUGGCGCCGGCAGCAGGGCGCGGACUUACUCCCUCUCUUCGGGCCAAGACGCUGCCGCCGCCACCGCUGCUGCCAUGGCAGCCGGCACAGCCGCGGCAGCUGCAGCCGCCCUCAUGCCGGCGAUCCCCGGCGCCCUCCUCUCCGCCCCCUCCCUUCCCCCGCUCGCCCCUCAUCACGACAUCCUUGUCGCGCCAGGGGCCGCGACAGCCGCGGGAGGGGCUGCCCCUGUGGGCCUGGGUCUGCUGGGGAAGGACGCGCCGGAGUUCUGGGCUGCGCUUCCUUCCGACGCGCUCGCAGCAGCGUCUGCGAUAGCAACUGCGGCGGCUAAGGGGAAAGCGCCCCUGUUUACCCCUGAAGGUUCCGCCCCUGGUGCGGGUGCCGGCCCGUCCUCCUCCCUUCAGCUGCGCACCCCCUCACAGACUGGUGAGCGCGCGGUGCCAUACGCACAGUUCUCCUCCCCCUCCCCUGGCGUGUUCCGCUUCACCGGCGCCAGCCCCAGCGGCAGUGUUGGCGGAGGCGCGGGCGGCGGCGGCGGAACAGACGGCGCAGGCGCGGGGAGCAGCGGAACGCCGCUGGGUCUUUUGGGGAGCGGCGUGGGGACUUUCUCGGGGCUGGGGGCGUCCGCGCAUACGUCCAGCCCUUCUUCCGCCGCCGGUCUCCCCUCCCGCCGCGAGGAGGUGCUGCGGCUGCGCGCGCAGCUGCGCAGGCGCGACGAGAUGAUUCUGGACAUGCAGACGCAGUUGCUGCGCCAAGAGGAGGGGGUUGCGCAGCAGAUGGAUGGGCUGGCGGAGCUUGAGCGCGCGCUGGAGGAGCAGCGCGCGGAGAAGGCGCGCGCGGAAGCGAGGGCGGCGGAGGCGGAGAGAGAGGCGGAAGCCCAGGCGGAACAGUGCCAGGUGUUGUUGCGGAGGCUGAAGGAGCUGGAAGGGGGCAAGGGGGAAAGAAGCGGAAGCGGGGACAAUUCUGGGGUUGGAAAUGCUAACGCGAAAGGAGAAACAGGCGGACCCAGUGGGGGGAAAUCUGAAGAGGGGGAGUCCAGGGCGGCGGAAGGCGUGCUGGAGGCGCAGAUUGCGGAGGCAGUGGCGGCAGCAAAGGAGGCGGCAAGGCAGGCGGCGGAAGCCGCAGCAGCGGAGCAGUACCGCGUAGGAAAGGCGGAAGGAUCGCUAGCGGCGCAGCGGGAGCUGGAAAUCGCCGUGCGGCGGGGCAGGCAGCUGGAGGAGCAGCUCGCCAAGGCGGAAGAAUCCGCGGAGAAAUGGGAGCGGCUUGCGCGGGUGGCCAUGACGGAAAGCGCGCGGAAAGAGGCCGAGGCUGCGGAAGCAGAGGCGCGCGCCGCCCGCGCAGCUGCGGAGGCGGAGCGCCUGGAGGAGGAGUGCGGGGCGCUGGGCGCGCAAUACCAGGCUGUUCAGGAGCAGGCGGAGGGGCUGGAGAUUGAGCUGCGGAAAAUGCAGGAGAAGGCGGAGCUUUGGGAAAACAGAGGCCACGAGGCCGUCAAUAUAGUGGAGAUGCUUGAAGCGGAGCUGACUGUAGCGAAGCAGCAGGCGGAGGAGGCGGAGGAGGCUAAGCGGGAGGCGGAAGAGGCGAGGCGAGAGGCGGCGGACGCGAAACUCGAGGCGGCUAUGGCGCGGGAAAAGGUGGCUGAUGCUUCCGCCGCGAUGGCGGAAGAAGCUGAAGCAACAAGCGCGCGGGUGAAGGAGCUGGAGGAGCGAUUGGAGGAGAGCGAGGGGCGCGCGCGGUAUUGGGAGGUGGCGGGGAGCGAGGCGGUGGAGCAGGCGGCGGCGGCGGAGCGGAAGGAGGCGGCGGCGGUGGCGGCGGUAGAGCUGGCGGCGCAGAUUUCGUACCAGAAGGGGCGGGAUGAGAUGCGCGCGGAGAUGGAGGCGGAGAUGGGCCCGCUGGUGCAGGCGUGGGAGCGGAAAUGCGAUGCGCUCAAGAAGCAGUGCGAGGCCCUGCAGCAGCGGAAGGGGGAGGUGCCGGAGCGGGAAGGGAUGGGUGCGGGGGGGAGUGGAGAGGGGAGGAGUGCUGAAGGGAAGUCGGAGAGUGGCGAGGAGAGUGGAGCGGAGAGCGGGAGUGUGGUGGAUGAGGAAGGGGAGGAGUCUGGGAAGAGUGGGGUGGUAUCAGGGGACGAGGGCGAGGGGAGUAUGCUUGCACCCACCAGCCCAUCGGAAGAGGAAGGUGCGCCCGCUCCCAGCAACACACCUGCGCCAUCCCUGUCACCUGCGCUGGAGCAGGAGGUGCAGCUGCUGCAGGAGAAAUUCGCGUCGCUGGAACGGGUUUACUCCCUGGCGGAGCAGGAGCGCGUUGUGCUGCAAGAGAGGAACUCUAUAUUGGAGCAGGCGCAGUCUGCAUUGGAGCAGGAGCGAGCAGGCCUGCAGCAGGCUGUGGCAGAGAGGGAAGCAAGGCUAGAGGCGUGGGAGAAGAAGGGCGAGGAAUAUAGUUUUGCAGUUGAAGAGCUGGAGGAGUGGAGGGGGAAGGCGGAAGAGGCUGCUGUGGCGGCAGCAGCAUCCGAGGCGGUGCUCCUAGCAGCGUGCGAGCAGGCAGAGGCGGCUAAGGCUUCGGCAGAGGAGCGAGCUGCUGCUGCUGCUACUGCUGCUGCCGCUGCUGCUGCUGCUGCUGCUGCUGAAGCGGCAGCUAGGGCGACAAUAAUGCAGGCAGAGGCAGCAGCUGAGGCUGCCAGGGAGGAGGCAACGCGAGCGAAGGACGAAGCGAGUGCAGCUGUGACUGCUGCCGAGACUGCUGCUGCUGAAGCAGUUACUGCUGCGAAGGCUGCUGCUGCUGAAGCUGUGACAGCUGCCAAAGCUGCUGCUUCUGAAGCCGUUUCCUCUGCAGAGGCUGCUGCAUCUGGGGCACGCGAGGAGGUGGAGGAGCUCAAGAGGCAGUACAGGCAGCUCGUGGAAAUGCAAGAGGCUGCUUCAGAGGCCGCGCAGGCGAUUAUAACGCAACAGGGGCGGCUUAUAGUGGAGCAUGAGGCGCGGAUGGCAGAGCUGAGCGCGGAGCUUGAGAGCAGCCGCGCUGCUGCUGGUGAGAUGGAGAGCAGGUUUGAGGCUGCCGUGAGGGAGGUAGGGGAGAGGCGGAGGGAGCUUGGUGAAGUGAGGGCAUUAGCAGAGGAGAGCGAGCAGCAGGUGAGUUUUCUACAGGAGCAGCUGCGUGCUGCUGUGCAGAGAGAGGAGGAGCUCCAGCAGGCAGUUCUAAAGGCGAAGGCGGCAGUGGAAGGAAGAGUGGCUGAUGCUGUAGCAGCAGCUGUGGCGGACGCGAGAGCUAGUGAAGCCGCCAAGUGGGAGGAUGCAGCAGCGGCUGCUGCAGCUGCAGCAGAAGCAGAGGCAGCAGAGCGGUUUGCCAAGGGGCGAGAGGAGGGGAUGAGGGAAGCUGCAGCUGCAGUGGCUGAAGCCGAGGCUAAAGCUGCUGCUGCUGCUGAAGCGGUUAAGAUAGCUGAAGCCUUGGCUGCUGAUGCGAGAGCGGAGGCGGAUGCUGCUAAGGAGAGGUGCGUGGUGCUGCAGAAUGAACUGGAAGCGAGUGAGAGGAGGGCGCAGGAGAGUGCGAGGAGAGUGGAGGAGAUGAGAGUGAAGGAGAGAGAGGCGGUAGAGGCGAUGGAGGCUGCAGAGGCAUCUCAGGAGCAAGUGGUGGCUGCUGCUGUGCGUGCUGCGCAAGCUGCCGCCCAAGCAGCAGCAGAUGCUGCAGCAGAGGCAGCUGGUGAGGCGGCACGGCUGGAGUUGGAGAGAGAGCGGGAGGAGAGGAGGAAGGAGGUGGAGGCAGUGAGGGAGCAGGCUGAAGCGAAUGCUGCUGAGAGGAUUAAAGAGAUUGAGGCUGCAGGGGCUGGUGCAGUUGCGACUGUUGUAGCAGAGGCUGUAGCGGCACAGGAGACAGAGGUGGCUGUGGCUGUGGCGGCGGCUAUAGCAGCAGGGGAGGAGCAGGCAGUAGAGGCGUUCAGGAAGGGGGUGGAAGCUGGUAAGAAGGAGGCGAUGGGUGAAGCAGAGAAAGAGAGUGAGAAGGUGAAAGAGGAGUGUGUUGUGUUGGAAGCCAGGGUUAGAGAGACGGAGGAGAGGCUGCGAGAGAGUGAGAAGCAGCUGGAGGAGAGUGAGGGGAGGGUUGUGGAGAGGGAGCAGAGGUUGAAGGAGAGUGAGAGAAGGUUGGAGGAGAGUGAGGGGAGGCUGGACGAGUGGAGGAAGAUGAGGGAAGCUCAGGAGGACGCGCUGGGAGGCUUGAUAACAGCAGCAGGAGGAGGUUCGGGUGCAAUGGAGGACGUGAGAGCACUACUCGAGGAGAAUCGCCAGCUGGACGCUGCCAAGGUGGCAGCCGAGAGGGCUGCUGAGCUGGCGGGCAGUGAGCGCGAUGAGCUUGCAUGGCGUGUGAAGGAGCUGGAGAGCCAGCUGGCAGCGCUGAUUCAGCAGCAGCGGGAGGCAGCAGCAGUGCAGCAGGAGGAGCAGGCACUUUUGCGUGGUGAGGAAUCUGUAGUGGAAGGGAAAGAGAAGGACGAGAAUCUCAAGGCGUUUGACGGGCUGUCCACUCGCAGCCUCGCUGGCAGCGAUGACAGCAGCAGCAGCGAGGGCAGUCUGGGGGAGGAUGCAGUGGAGGGACAGACAGCAGCAGCAGCAGUGGGUGGCGUGGGCGAUGGAGAGGUUGAGAAGGGGCAGUUGGAGGAGGAAGAGACGAGGCAGACGGAGCAGGUAGGGGAGCAGCAGGGGAUUGGUGAGGAGGCGCAUGGGAAGGAAGCAGAGGUAGGAGUGCAGGGGGAGGAAGAGAAGGUGAUGCAACAGGAAAAGGGAGGAGAGGCGCCGCAAGAGGAGGGGGACUCUGAAGCGGGUGGCAGUGGUGAGCAGGUGGUUGUGCUGGAAUCGUACGGCAGUGGCGUCCCACCUGCCGAACAGGCUGGUGUGCAGGAGCAUCAGGAGGAAUCUGAUGCUGCCUUAGGGGACGCUGUUGUGAACCAGGGUGAUGCAGUGAAUCGGGACAGCGCAGUGAAUCAGGAUGAUGCAGCGAACCAAGACAAUGCUGUGACUGAGGCAGGUGUAGACGCAAAGGAAGCAGCUGAAGCUACUCCUGCUGAAGCUUCUCCUGCUGAAGCUUCUCCUGCCGAGGCUACUCCUGCCGAGGCUACUCCUGCCGAGGCUACUCCUGCCGAGGCUACUCCUGCCGAGGCUACUCCUGGUGAGGCUCCUCCUGCCGAGGCUCCUCCUGCCGAGGCUCCUCCUGCCGAGGCUCCUCCUGCCGAGGCUACUCCUGCCGAGGCUACUCCUGCCGAGGCUACUCCUGCCGAGGCUACUCCUGCCGAGGCUACUCCUGCUAAUUCUGCCGAAGCUAGCCCUGUCGAAGCUACUCCGGCCGAAUCUACUCCUGCUGAAGCUCCGCCUGCUGAAGCUGUGCCUGCUGGACCUGUGCUCGCUGAACCUGUGUCUGCUGAAACCGUAGCUUUGCCUACAGGUUUUGGCAAUGAGAGUGCUGUCAGCAAGAGCGAGGCAUUCAAGUUUGUUAAUCCUUCUGGCAAUCAUGAGGCCGACAGCAAGGAUGGGCCAGCAGCUGAGUCAAGUGAGCCGGGUCCCCACACAGGUUUAUUUAUUGCAAGUCGAAAGCUCAUCAUAGAUUCUUUUAACAGUCCGAUGCCGUCGGUGAUCGCCUCUUCCGCGGCUGUUGAGGCGAAGGAAGUUUCCCCACCGAGUCAAUCUAGCGACGGCUCCGCGAAAGCGGCUGCUGCUCCUCCUGCCACGUGGAAGGCGAGCAUUGAUUUCAAGUGGAUACGAGAGAAUCGGGACCUGAUGGAGGCCAAUGUGAAGGAACGCCAGUCCAAUGCUGACGUGGCUCGUGUCGUGGAGCUUUACGAAGACUUUGUUUCAAAGAAUCUGGAGGUGGAUCGGCUACGCGCGGAGCGGAACCGAGUGGCGAAUGCGAUGAAGGCGAAGCUGGAGGCGGAGGAGAGGGCGAGGCUGGUGAGCGAGGGCAAGCACCUCAAGGACGUGCUCGCGGGGCUCGAGGCUGAGCUGGGGGAGGUGGCUUCUGAGAUGCAGCGGGAGGGACAACGGCUUCCCAAUCUGACUCAUCCUGACGUGCCACGUGGCGGAGAGGAAGUGGCUGUCACUUUGCGAACGGUGGGAGAGAAGCGCGCGUUCGCGUUCCCCCCGAAGGACCACGUGGAGCUCGGGCUCGCGCUCGACCUCUUCGACUUCGACUCCGCUGCUGAGGUGAGCGGCGCCAAGUUCUACUAUUUGCGCAACGAGGCGGCGCUGCUGGAGAUGGCGCUCAUCAACUGGGCGCUCGCGCUGCUCGUCGCGCGCGGCUUCACGCCCGUGUCCACCCCCGACCUCGUGCGCGCGCACGUUGUAGAGCGAUGCGGCUUCCAGCCGCGCGCUGCCAACACGCAGGUGUAUUCAGUGGAGGGGUCGGACUUGUGCUUGGCCGGCACAGCAGAGAUUCCCGUGGGCGGCAGCUUCAUGGAUAAGAUUUUGAGCGAAUCAGAUCUGCCGCAGCGCGUUGUGGCCUUCUCCCACUGCUUCCGCACAGAGGCCGGCGCUGCUGGCUCUGCCACCAGGGGGUUGUACCGCGUGCACCAGUUCAGCAAGCUGGAGAUGUUUGUGGUGUGCCGCCCGGAGGACAGCGACGCCUUCCACCAGGAGCUCAUUCAGAUCGAGGAGGACAUGUACACUGCCCUCGGACUACACUUCGUCACUUUGGACAUGCCAACAGCGGAUUUAGGCGCUCCUGCAUACCGGAAGUUUGACAUUGAGGCCUGGAUGCCGGGCCUAAACCGAUAUGGAGAGAUUUCUAGUGCGUCGAACUGCACUGACUAUCAAGCUCGUCGGCUGAACAUCAGAUAUCGCCCUGCGACGAGCGCUGGUGAUUUGGAAGCAAGCUCUACUAAGCCAGAGAAAGGGAAGAAAGGUGGCAAAGCCAAGACGCCGCUGGCCCCACCUCGAUUUGCCCAUACUUUGAAUGCUACUGCGUGUGCGGUUCCUCGCCUGAUCGUGAGCAUUCUAGAAAAUUUCCAAUUAGAAGAUGGCUCUGUAGAGAUUCCAGAGGUUUUGAGGCCAUACAUGGGAGGCAUCUCUGUUAUUAGGCGGAAGUAA